AUGGGCCGACAAGCUUAUCUGGACAAGAUCGCAUUCGGACGGUCGGCCUUUGAGCCCACACAAUCCGCCUCGCAGUCGACAGAAUACGUUCAACUUGAGUCGUCGCAAGCUGAAAUCCCACGGCGUUACCACGAGGCCACGGCCAACAACUACGUGCAGCUCUACGACGAACGCGGCAACCCCAUCAACCCCCGCUCCCACCAAUAUGGCAAGAAGCUUAGAGGCGCUCAGAACGAUGUGCUGGCAUCCGUCGGCGUAGUCGAGAGGAGACACUCUCCUGCUGAGGGGUUUCCGGGACCCAGUGAAGAGCGCCUCGAGCUGCUCGAGGCUGAGGAUACAGUUGGAAAUGCCAUGGCAUUGGUUACCACGCUUACGGAGAAUCUGUGUACGUGGUGGGUAGGCACCAUCAGGGAGAGGAUUCUGACAUUUCGCUAUCCCCAUGUCCUCACCUUUGGCCAGAUCGCGGCUUCCGAGCAUGCCUUCUCUGGCGCUUCGAUGGUCUAUGCUGGCUUCGCCCCCCGCGUGUUUGCGACCAUGAACACCCAAGCGAUCGUGUAUAGCACCUUUGUCUAUCAACCCGUGGAGCGUUUGCUGUAUGCAACACGUGCAAGCGCAAAGACACGGAACUUGUUCCGACGAGCCAAGACAGUCAUCAAAUCUAGUUUUCGCUUGGGCCUUGAGGUUCUGUUCUACCCGUUCUUCUACCACGCCGCUUUGCAACGCCUUGGGCUGGUCCCCGCUCGCCCACUGCUGCCAACCUGGACAAGUCUCAUUCCCUACUCAAGCUCAUCGCCUCUACUGCCAUCCUCCUUGCAAUACAAUGCCUUCAACUCCAUCACGGACUGUAUUGGAGCAGUACUGGCUUCGCCCGUUAUUCUUUAUGUGCUGAACACUCAAUCGAACGCUGGAUCUACGCUUGUGUCUAUGAAGCAGUCGAGACAGCCAUCAUCCGUCCUGACAAGCCCGACAUACCCAGUCGAGACGCCAAUGGGAAAGACCGUGCUUUGA